GCUGAUUGCAUUUGACACUCCACAUUCUAACAGAUGUUUAUUAGCGACUUGCAUACAUUUUUGUAAUGUUAAUUUUGUUAAAACUUUUAAAUGAGCGUUGAAAAGAGUGCAUUAAAUUCAUUAAAUAAAAAAAUGGACGAUCCUUUACGUCCAAAAGCGGUACCGCUUGCCGCCGAAACGGUGCUUUGGUUUGAAUUUCUACUCGAUCCGCAAUUAAUUAGCAAGCACCUGCAAAAGCCCAAUCCAGAUCCCAGCGCAUUGGAAUUAAUGUCACAAUUCAUAUCUGUUACACCAGAUGUAAUAAUGCCGCCACAAUAUGAUUUAACUUCGCCAGACACAGAAAAUAUGCCGGGUGGCAUACCGGUGACGCCAGGCGCAGGCGUAAACAGUGGUGCUGGCACGAUGAACAUGGACGGCCUACGUAUACCGCGUAAACAAAUUGCUUUGAAGAUUUUAACGCUUAAAGUAGCCACGUGGUUAAAGUGGAAUUUAGAUGUAUUGGAAAAGAGCUUACCCAUACCAAAGCAAUUGUUUUUAUUGCGUGAUUUGUGCACGAUAUGCUUUGGAAAAUUGGUUACUAUACCUUUGCAGCAGGAUUUCCAGCCAAAAAUAUCAUCUGAUGGGCAUGAGCACGCAGCGCGCUUUGCGCUCACUUUCUAUCACCGUUGGGUGCUACGUUUGCAAAUUCUAAAAGAUAUUGCUAUGAAAGCAGCGCGCCCCUCCAUGUCGAAUAUGUUUGUGCCAAUGGAGCCGAUGCAUCAAUUCUUCGCGCCUGAUAUACCACCACAAAAUAGCGUGGAGUAUCUGCAGGAGCUUUGCAACUCCAACGAACCAUUUUAUGUCUUCACCUUCGACACAUUUGUUACGCUGCACGCAGACACUGAAACGAUGCGACAAAAUUUCGAACAUAUGCAAAAGAUUUCUCUAGCCGAGUUACGUGCACAAAUCUAUUUCGAUUUGGUUAAUUUCUACUUAUAUACCAAACAAUAUAGACAAGCGCGCGAAGCUGUAAAUGAGUGUCGACGCAAUUUGAAAGAAAUGAAAGCGGACUAUAAAGCAGAAUCGGCCAAACGCACAGCGGCUGGUUAUCUCUUUUGCCACGUGAAUGACGAGGAGCUGGAAGGUUAUCUACUGGCUUGCGGCUGCAGCGAGCAACAUACCACCUUAACGGAGCGCUUUAAUGCCUCCUCAUUGAAACAGUAUAGAGACAUCAUUGAAAUACUACAAGAGGACAACCAUAUACGUGAAAUACCGCUUGUAAGCCGACGCAUACUCGAACUAGACAUUGAGGGGGCCAUUUCUCAGGGUUCACUCAAGGAGUCACGCGCACUCGAGAUGCAAGUAGCUGCAUUAAAUUUGGUUCGCAGCAUUUUUGAGGAGGGCAAUAUUUUUACAAGCGUGGACUAUUUUGAUAAAUAUAGACAUAUGAAUUGUUUCGUGGCGCUUAUAGAUGCAAUCAGUAACGUACUGCCGCAUUGUACGCUUGGCGAACGUAAUACAAUCAAAAGCUUUCUCAUAGACAGCAUUUUAAAGCAAAAUAAUGGCAAACAAUUUCUACAACACUUGCAACACAUGCAACUCUUCUCAGCAACAGAAUUACUUGAACUAGAACGACAAACAGCCGAUGAAGAGCUCACUGUGCCAACGCUUGCAACGCUCAGUGAAUGGAAAUUUAAUUCGAAAAUAAUACGCAUUGAUGUCGGCUCACUCGAACGUCAACUAAUCUCCUGUACAAAUGCGAAUACUGUGCGUAAAUUACUGGUCAAAUUGGCUGCCACCAAUCCAGCUAAGCCAUUGUGGACCGUAAAUCCAAGUUGGGAGAUUGCCACACCGAUUAAAUCGCUGCUCAUGUCUAUGCAAAGAGGUUUUCUACAGGACUUUGCUUAUGUCUUAUUGGGCAAAGCACGCGAGAUGACUGCAAAAAGUGACUACAUUGGCGCGGUCUCUAUGCUAAGCGUGCUGAAGUCGGAGACACAACGCCAGGAGCUCUCACCUACCACAGUGGUUUCAAAGCUAGGCAAGCUGGUCAACUGGGAGAUUUUAUUCAUACAAAUUACACAGUGUUUGGAAGAGUGGAAUCGUAAAACUUUGGAUCUACAGUCGCUGGGCAACCGCUGCAAGCUAUGCUUAGCUUCCUUACAAAGCAACGACAACAUUAUACCGCGCAUAGAGAUAAUCGAAGCCUGCGCCAUCAUGCUGCUCAAUCUGGGCGAUUGGAAUUCGCUAACGUUCUUGGAUAAGCGCCUGCCACAGCUCGAAUUACCCAUUGCAUUUGCAGCCACCGUGCUUGAUAUGGAAAAGAUGAAAGGCUCUAAGAAGAUGUGCCGUGACGCCUUCGAUUUGGUGCUGCAAAUGUUUGUGAAUACCACGAAGCGUAGCGGUGGACCUGGCGGUGGUGGCGGCGGUUCUGGUGGUGGUAGUUCACGUAAUUCACCUUCCCUAGCAGUUUCAACGGGCCUACAACCGUUUCUGAAACGUAUACGCCAUCAAUUGAUCUUCUCGCUGGCCAUAUCCUGCCUUGGAAAAAUACAAAACAUCUUACGCGAUGAUACAAAUCAUGAUUUGUGUGGUGAAUAUAUGCAUUUGUGGCCAACUAACAUAUCAAGUCCCUUGGCCUAUAGCGUGCGUAUAGUUUGUGAGACUUUGCAUUGGCUGUUAACCGAAGCUUUGAAAUAUUAUCCACAAACUAUUGCAUGGUUGAAAACGAAGGGUGACUUGGAAUUGGCUAUUGGCAAUAACGAAGCGGCUAUGCGUUGCUAUGUUAAUGCGCUGAUCACCGGCACCGAUUACUGUACAUUUCCACGGCAACGCAGUGUAGCUGAUGAUUAUAUAAUACAUAAAAUGAUACGUUGCUCAUCGAAUUUAGGCUGUCACAUGCAGGCCACCGUGCUGUGUCAGUUCUUGGAGGAAAUUGAUUAUGGCAUUGUAUUCAAAAAACUCACCGAGAAAUCUUCGAAUUUCACCGAUGCAAUGGAUGCAUAUUAUAAUUGCAUUUGGGACACAACCCUAUUGGAAUUCAUAAUCAAUUUACACGCUAGAAAGGGCGAACAUAGUCGCAAGUUGGAGGCGAUCGCCAUUAUGGGCUCACUUGAAUUGAAUGCAAACAACAAUGAUGAAAUCAAACGUGAAGCGGCCGCAAUACGGAAAACACGUUUUCUACGCGCACUAGCCAAACAGUAUUUGUUGUAAAAAAUAUACAUACGUAUUCAUAAUAGUGCACAACUUUUAUUUUUAUUCCAUUAUUUACGAGACAUUUGUAAUAAAUUUAAGCCUUAAUCGUACUUAUAGUUGUAAGCAGUUUUUUACGUUUACACACAAGUUGUAGACUUGACUUAAAUGUAAAAUAUUGUUGUAAUAUCAAAUAGUUGCGAACUAAGUUUUAGAAUUUAAUAAUAAAUAAACUGUACUGUCAACUUUCAUUGAUAUAAAAAAAAUUAAAAUUAUUAAACAAACAAAAUUGAGUUUUAACAAAUUAUGACAGCAGUAUAUGUGGCUUUAAUUUUUAACAAUGUGUCUGCGGCAUUACAGCCCGUAUUUUCAAAAAUAUACUUAAUUACUAAACACGC